GGGGAAGGUCACAGGUCUUAACCCGACCCUGACCUACGACCUCUGCACGCCUCGGCAUCGUAAGCGUUUGACUACAAACGAUAUUCUCGACAUCAACAGAGCGUCUGACGAGAUUCUUCAAGCGUUCUUUUUCGAAAACCGUAACUUGAAUUCGAAAGUAGUGCAGCGAGAAAAAAAGUUGUUUGACUUCCAACUAGUAUUUCUAUUAUUUAUCCAAAUUCGAGAAAAAUAUCUGUUGAGCGAGCAUACUUCGUGACGUAAGUGAGUCUUAGUGGCAUAGUGAAGUUGACGCUGUAGGUCUCGGAUGUGAAUUUACGGGGUGUUCCUAACUUCAUUAUCUAGGUCGAAAGAUUGAAAGUGCAAUAGGGAAAUUGGAACGAUGUUGGCAGCUAUCAAAUUGGAAUCGGACUGGGAUAUAUUCUUGCCUCCACACGAAUCCCCAAUCGCAGAUCACCUCGACCAAUAUGGUGAAACAACGUCCACGACCGACCCCCUUGACAGCAGCCCCGGACACCACUUGUCCACCAAAGCCCUGCGCAGGAAGAGGAUGGACCGCUCGAUCAACAACAACGGGCCUAUCGCCACGACCAUAGCCACCCCUGACUACCUCCUACACAACAACAACAACCACCUGAAGAACGAGCGCCUCAGUCCGGGCACCCCGGACACGUCGAGCAGGUCGAGAUCGGUCACCCCCAGUUCGGCUUCCCACCCUGAUACGCCGCCGGCUUCAGAGGCGCCCAUGAGGAACUACAGCGACUUCAUGAGAAGCUUGGCGGCCAAGUAUAACAACACCAAUCCCAACGACUACUUCAGCGCAGCCAGAAACGGCUUCCCCCCGCCUCUCGACCCCCGCUUCAAGCCGGCCGCAUUCCCCAGCCUCGUCCCGCUGCCGCAGCCCGCGCAGCCCAAGGACGCCGGCGACCUCACCAAGAAGCCGCCAGACUUCCCGGUGCUGAACCCGUUCGCUGGCGUUGCUGGAGCCGGCGCCGGCAUGUUCCCGCCACUCAUCGACAUGUCCACCACGCAGACGCUGCUCGCCAUGGUGCGGACGGCCAAGGAGGCCGAGAUACAGGGUCUUCUCAAGAACGUGAAACGCCCGGAAACCUCCUCGCCCCUGGACCUCUCAGCAGGCGCGCCGCCCGCGAAGAGGCCCCGCACCAAGACGCCCUCUGUGGGCAGCCCCACGGGCGGCCUGCCCCCCACAGUGGGGCCCAAGCGGGCGGCCAGCGAGAGCCCGAAGCUGCACGAGGAUGUGUCCAAUUGGACGGUGGAGGAUGUGGGGAACUUCGUGGUCGGGAUCGAUAUAUGUGCGGAGUAUGCUCAGACCUUCCGCGACCAGCGGAUAGACGGCGCAGGGCUACCGCUGCUCACCGAAGACCACCUCACCAGCACGAUGGGCAUGAAGCUGGGGCCGGCGCUGAAGCUGCGCUCUAUGCUAGCGAAGCGGCUGGGCUCCUGCGGCGUGUGCCUGCACUGCAGCCACUGCCACGGCAGCAGGUCGCCGGAGCACGGCGCCAGUAACUCCGACUCCGGGGGGGCGUCCUGAGCUCCGCCAGAUGGCGCGGGGUGUUCCGAGGAAGAAGGUCGGUAGAAUUGAUGAUUAUUCGUGGGGGACGGUUGCCUCUGAGGCUCCUUCAUGCAAAUUGACGUAUUUCUCAUCUUAUAUAGUAGAACUCUGAGAAUUGACAACAAAAGACCCCGCAGCAUUUACAUUGAAAUCUUGCCUACGGUGAAAUCUUGUGAAAAUCUAGGAUUGGAUAGAUCAAAUCAUGCUGAACAAGAAAUGUCCUCCGUUCCUAAGUCCGUUAUGCCCGUUAGUUAUAAGUUCUUGAAGCCCAACGAGAUACCCUCUACCAGAACGGCACUUCCUGUGUAUAAUAUGGUUUUGGCUAAUAUUAUAUUUUUUCUACAAACUUUCAAAAAUUACAAGGUUCGCGCAUUGAUGACAAAUUGCGAAGUGACACUUUCAUUCAGUUUCCUACGUUACCAUGAUACCUACUUCGCGCAUUGUUAUGUAAAAUAUAUGAGAUAUUUAUAUUCCAACUUCAUGGUCUUUAAUCGAGCAAACAUACAAAAAAUCAUAUAUUUCUGAAUGUUCAACAAUAACUUUGUUUUAUCUCUUGGAGCGCACGAAAGGAAAUUCCUAUUAUGUUCGGGAGGCCUUUUUUGCCAGUUCAACACUAUUUUUUACAUCAAGCUAAGCAUAUUUUCACUUUAGAGCUAUAUUUUUUGAUGAUUGUAGAAAGAAUGUUUGCAACUCGAGCGCGAAAUACUUUGGUCAUCUCGACUAUUUCUUAACUCGGCUACGCCUAGUUUUUUCGCAAUAUCUCAAGAAAAAUUCAAUAUAAUGCAUUCUAAUUGGGUAUAUGGUUUCUUCUUUCAAUGGUUAAUUUUUUGACCAGGAAGACAUUCCGAGAAUUGUAUCCAGAGGUGCGCUACAGAGGGUUGUGAUAACUCUUCCUCCCAUAUGUUCUACGCCACUGAUGAAAUUUCAAUUAUUUCCAAUUUCUCGAAUCUAUUGUUCAAUUAUGUUGAAGAAAUGCAUCUUCUCCAACUGAGCUAAAAUGAACAGUUAUCGAGAUAUUUGAACCAAAAUAGAAGAAUUGAAGGUGAUGCAUUUUCUGAACAAAAUUGAACAAUGAAUUCGUGGAAUUGAAAAUAAUCGAAGUUUGAUCAGUGGCGUAGAAAAUAUGGGAGGAAAAGCUGCCACAACCCCCUGUAGGGCACCACUGGAAAAACUGUCCGGAAUGGCUUCCUGGUCAAAAAAUGACCCAUUGAAAGAUGAAACUAUAUACCGAAGUUGAAUGCAUUAUUUCAAUAUCUCAACUUUAACGCCCUGUAUCUCGAGAACUGAACACUUGAAGACCUAAUGUCCCUAUCUCAGUGAUUAUGAAAUCACGAGGACUAUCACCUGUCAAGCGUUGUCGGUCGAACACCCUGUAUAUAUUGACUCUAGCAACUAAUGAUAAGUGAAGUAAAUUAUUAUUUGCGCCACAAAAUAUGCACACUCUUGCAUGGAUGGGAAAGACAACAUUCAUAAUAAUAUGUGUCACUGGCGCACUCAGGAAUUUCUCUUGGGGGGGGGCUCAUAGAAGCCAAUGAAAAUAGUAAAAUAUAUAAAUUAGGGUUCAAUUCUGGGAAAAUGAAAAACAAUGAUAAACAAAAUGAUACAUA